CAGCACGCCGGUUAUGUUUCUGUCGUGUCGUAUGAUGUAUGCAUAUGAUACCAAUUACUGACUAAUCUUAUUAGACGUAUUCGAGAAUUAUCAUUGAAUAUUCAACUGUUGUAUAGAUUGAAGAAGUCAAAUUCUUCAUCCCUAGCAGAUAUUCAUUUUAUAUAUAUUUAAAUAUACCAGGAGAAUGCCUGAAAUAAUUUAAGCAAAUAUUUUGACGAUGUAAAUUUAUUUUUACCUUUACAAGUAAUUUACAGAAGUAUAACGGGUUUGUUGUAUUGUAGAUUAACAUAACAGUUUAUUUAAUGUAAUUAUGUCUUGGUCCAUGUGAUGAUAAGUUGGUAGUGUUAGUGCUGUGGCUAGUGAUGAGUGCGACUGGGGCAUUGCACACAGUGCUGCCCUUGAUGUGUAUUAGUGUUAUUAGUGGUGUCAGUGCUGACAUUCUGCAGUGGCAGCAGCCGUGACUUGCUGCUCUCAUCGCAGUGUUGGUAAUGGUCGACCCGUUGAAGGUGUUCUGGGUGUUAACCAACAGCACCUACUUAGUAACUAAGUUCAUCCGCAUUGGGAUCGCCGAUAAGAAUGACAACCCCCCGUUUUUCGACAAGGCGCUGUACGAGGCGGAAGUGGACGAGAACGAGGACAUCCAACACACCGUCCUCACCGUCACCGCCAAGGACCACGACGAAUCUUCCCGUAUUCGAUAUGAGAUCACGAGCGGGAACAUAGGAGGAGCGUUCGCAGUCAAGAACAUGACUGGCGCCAUCUAUGUGGCCGGUGCUCUGGACUACGAGACCAGGAAGAGGUACGAGCUGCGCCUGGCGGCCUCUGACAACCUGAAGGAGAACUACACCACAGUGGUGAUCCAUGUGAAGGAUGUGAACGACAACCCACCCGUGUUUGAGCGACCCACCUACCGCACGCAGAUCACCGAGGAGGAUGACCGCAACCUGCCCAAGCGCGUGCUGCAGGUGACAGCAACAGAUGGGGACAAAGACCGACCACAGAACAUCGUAUACUUUCUCACGGGUCAGGGCAUCGAUGCUGAUAAUCCGUCCAACAGCAAGUUUGACAUCAACCGGACGACAGGCGAAAUCUUUGUCCUUAGGCCUCUGGACCGAGAUCAACCCCUUGGCCGACCGCAGUGGAGGUUCACAGUAUUUGCUCAGGACGAGGGAGGAGAAGGGCUUGUUGGCUAUGCAGAUGUUCAAGUCAACCUCAAAGACAUCAAUGACAAUGCACCAAUUUUCCCUCAAGGAAUUUAUUUUGGAAACGUUACAGAAAAUGGCACUGCAGGAAUGGUGGUCAUGACCAUGACAGCAGUGGACUAUGAUGACCCCAGUGAGGGUACCAAUGCCAGACUCAUUUACUCCAUAGAAAAGAAUGUCAUAGAAGAAGAAACAGGCUCUCCAAUCUUUGAGAUUGAAUCAGAAACUGGAGUGAUUAAGACUGCAGUAUGCUGCUUGGACCGAGAAAGAACACCUGAUUAUUCCAUACAAGUAGUAGCUAUGGAUGGAGGAGGACUCAAAGGUACUGGAACGGCAUCAAUACGGGUGAAGGAUAUAAAUGACAUGCCUCCGCAGUUCACAAAAGAUGAAUGGUUCACAGAGGUUGAUGAAACAGAUGGAACAAACCUACCAGAAACACCAAUCCUUACUGUCACAGUUCAUGAUGAGGAUGAAACUAACAAGUUCCAGUACAAGGUGAUAGAGAACAGUGGAUAUGGUGCUGACAAAUUCACCAUGGUAAGAAACGGUGAUGGGACAGGCUCGCUGAAAAUUGUUCAACCCCUGGAUUAUGAAGACCAGCUCCAAAGUAAUGGCUUCAGGUUUAGGAUACAGGUCAAUGACAAAGGUGAAGACAAUGACAACGACAAGUACCAUGUUGCCUAUUCAUGGGUGGUAGUGAAGCUGCGAGAUAUCAAUGAUAACAAACCACAGUUUGAGCGCCCUAAUAUAGAGGUGUCAGUGUAUGAAAAUGCAGAAGUAGAUAAGAAUCUGGAAACCUUCAAGGCAACGGAUCCAGACCAGGGAGGCAAGAGCAAAGUGAAAUAUGCCAUUGAUCGCACUUCAGAUCGAAAGCGCCAGUUCUCUAUCAGUCAGGAAGGAACAGUCUCUAUCCAGCGUAACCUGGACCGAGAAGAGACACCUCGACAUCAGGUGAAAGUGCUUGCCAUUGAUGAUGGCGUUCCACCCAAGACGGCCACAGCCACUCUGACUGUGAUCGUACAGGAUAUUAAUGACAAUGCUCCAACAUUCCUUAAGGAUUACCGCCCAGUUCUGCCUGAACAUGUUCCGCCCAGAAAAGUGGUGGAGAUCCUGGCAACUGAUGAUGAUGAUAGAUCAAAGAGCAAUGGUCCACCUUUCACAUUUAGGAUGGAUCCCAAUGCAGAUGAUAUCAUCAGAGCUUCAUUCAAAGUUGAACAUGACCAGAAGGGAGCUAAUGGGGAUGGCAUGGCGGUUGUGACUUCCCUCAGGUCAUUUGAUCGUGAACAACAAAAAGAGUAUCUCAUCCCAAUUGUAAUUAAGGAUUCAGGAAAUCCUGCAAUGUCAGGCACAAGCACUCUGACUGUGGUCAUUGGAGACGUUAAUGACAAUAAAAUGCAGCCUGGCACCAAAGACAUAUUUGUUUAUAACUAUAUGGGUCAAGCACCAGACACAGAAAUUGGGCGUGUUUAUGUUUAUGAUCUAGAUGAUUGGGAUCUACCUGACAAGAAGUUCUAUUGGGAAGGGGCUGAACAUCCUCACUUCAAGCUGAAUGAAGAUUCAGGCAUGAUCACGAUGAGACAUGGCACACAGGAUGGCUGGUAUCACCUGAAAUUCAAAGUAUACGACCGCAAACACACCCAGACAGAUGUGCCUGCCAAUGUGACAGUGACAGUGCGAGAGAUUCCUCAUGAAGCUGUGAUCAACUCUGGCUCAGUGCGGAUUGCAGGACUCACAGAUGAGGAUUUUAUUAGGGUAUGGAACUACCGGUCACAGAGUCUGCAACGCAGCAAGGCAGACCGUUUCCGAGACAAAUUGGCUGACCUGCUCAACACAGAGAGAGAAUUUGUAGAUGUAUUCAGUGUACAGUUACGACGAAAACACCCGCCUGUGACUGACAUUCGAUUUGCUGCUCAUGGAUCUCCCUACUACAAACCAGUACGACUCAAUGGCCUUGUACUAAUGCAUAGAGAAGAGAUUGAGAAAGAUGUUGGUAUCAACAUCACAAUGGUUGGUAUUGAUGAGUGCCUGUAUGAGAACCAAAUGUGUGAGGGCAGUUGUACCAACACCCUGGACAUCAGCACGCUACCAUACAUGGUUAACGCCAACAAAACCUCGCUGGUUGGGGUGCGAGUUGAUGUGAUCGCUGAGUGCACAUGUGGAGCUCGUAACUUCACCAAGAGCGAGUCUUGUCGCACUAAUCCUUGUUAUAAUGGAGGUCGAUGUAUUGAAGGGAGAUAUGGCCUUAGUUGUUCGUGUCCAAGUGGCUACAAUGGUCCUCGAUGCCAACAGACUGCACGGAGUUUCCGUGGUAGUGGUUGGGCAUGGUAUCCACCGCUUGACAUGUGUGACAACUCCCAUCUUAGUCUAGAAUUCAUCACAAGAAAAGCAGAUGGCAUGUUACUUUAUAAUGGACCAAUAGUACCUCCAGAAACAGAUGAAGUUUUGGUUUCAGAUUUCAUAUCUCUGGAACUAGAAAGAGGCACACCUAGGUUGCUCAUAGAUUUUGGUUCAGGUACUCUGGAACUAAGAGUGAAAACUAAAAAAUCUCUGGAUGAUGGUGAAUGGCAUAGAAUUGAUGUCUUCUGGGAUACAGAGAAUGUUCGACUAGUGGUUGACUUCUGUAAAUCUGCAGAUGUGGCUGAGUUAGAGGAUGGAACACCCCCAGAAUUUGAUGAUUCAAGUUGUCAGGCACAUGACACCGUGCCACCUUUUAAUGAAUACCUCAAUGUAAAUGCCCCAUUGCAGCUUGGAGGACUUUACGUAGAACAGUUCGACCCAACACAUUACCAUUGGCAGUACAUGCCUGUGGGCAAAGGCUUUGAUGGCUGUAUAAAGAAUGUAUUCCAUAACAGCAAGCUUUAUGACCUAGCAAAUCCAGGCCUCACCAGGAACAGUCAGGCAGGCUGCCCGCAGACAGAAGAUGUGUGCAACACACAGGAAUCAACAUUCCGAUGCUGGGAGCAUGGUAUGUGUGUGGGCAGCUUCUCAGAGGCCCGCUGUCAGUGCAAACCAGGUUGGACAGGUCCAGGCUGCAUCACUCCUACAGUCCCCACAACAUUCAAACCGCAGAGCUACGUCAAGUAUGCACUCUCCUUCGAACCAGACCGCUUCUCUACACAUAUGCAAUUGCGGUUCCGGACAAGAGAGGAGCAUGGUGAAUUGUUCCGAGUCAGUGACCAACACAAUCGAGAGUAUGGAAUUCUCGAGAUCAAAGACAGCCGACUUCAUUUCCGUUACAACCUGAACAGCCUGCGAACAGAGGAGAAGGAUAUCUGGCUGAGUGCCAUAACUGUAGGUGAUGGACAGUGGCACACAGCUAAGGUGUCAAGGUAUGGUUCUGCAGCAACUCUGGAAUUGGAUGGAGGUGAAGGGCGAAGGUAUAAUGAAACAUUCCAAUUUGAGGGUCACCAGUGGCUCCUUGUGGACAAGCAAGAAGGGGUCUAUGCUGGUGGGAAAGCUGAGUACACUGGUGUUCGUACAUUUGAGGUCUAUGCAGACUAUCAGAAAGGCUGUCUGGAUGAUAUAAGACUAGAAGGGAAGCACCUGCCCCUCCCUCCUGCAAUGAAUGGAACCCAGUGGGGACAAGCCACCAUGGCACGCAAUUUGGAAAGGCACUGUCCUUCUAAUAAACCCUGUGCCAAUGUCAUAUGCUCCGAUCCCUUUGAAUGUGUUGACCUCUGGAAUGAAUAUGAGUGCACCUGUGGAGAGGGUCGGAUCGUAGCUCCUGAUGGAAAAGGCUGUACAGACAAGAAUGAGUGCCUGGAGGGCCCAUGUCUAAAUGGGGGCACUUGCAUCAAUGAGGAUCCUCACCUGCGUUACCGUUGUGUGUGCCCUGAGGGCUACUGGGGGGAGAACUGCGAGCUGGUUCAAGAAGGCCAGACACUCAAACUCAGUAUGGGUGCACUAGCAGCCAUCCUGGUUUGCCUACUCAUCAUCCUUAUCCUGGUGCUAGUGUUUGUUGUAUACAACCGUCGACGUGAAGCACACAUCAAAUACCCAGGACCAGAUGAUGAUGUUCGUGAAAACAUCAUUAAUUAUGAUGAUGAAGGUGGUGGUGAAGAUGACAUGACAGCUUUUGAUAUUACACCACUGCAGAUACCCAUUGGGGGCCCAGUGCCUGAGCUGCCUGCUAAAUUACCCUUCCCUCCAAUGGGUCCUGAACCCAAUGUGGGUGUGUUCAUUGAGGAGCACAAGAAACGAGCCGAUGCUGAUCCCAAUGCUCCACCUUUCGAUGAUCUCCGAAAUUAUGCAUAUGAGGGAGGUGGUAGCACUGCUGGGUCCCUUUCUUCUCUGGCCUCAGGAACUGAUGACAACGAGCAAGACUUCGAUUAUCUUGGAGCAUGGGGGCCACGGUUUGACAAGUUGGCAGACAUGUAUGGGCAAGAAGGGGAGGAGAGUGAAGAGGAACAGUAGGAAGAUCAAGAAAGAACAGCUCUGUGUUUUAGGUUCCCCUCGAAUUACACAGCAUACACAUACACACAUAGAACCCCAUACAUUUUUGUAUGGUGAAUGAGAAUCAUGCAGUUCUGUGUGGUCGAGAGAAGAGGCAAUGAAUUGGCACUAUCAUGAUCUCAUACUCGCACUCCAAAAAUCUUCAGCAGCACCUGUUCACUCCCUUUUGUGCCAGUCGUUACUUCAUCUCUGGGCGUGACAGCUUACCGUCUUCUACUUAAUAGCUGAUAUAUAGUGCUGAUAUUAUAUGAAUCUCUCAUUACUCAGAGGUAAUUCCUCUGUCUCGCUCACUCUCUUUCUUUCAUCAUUCAUGAAACGUGCAGGUCAUCAACCUUGGAAACAGCCAUCUCACUAGUGCUGCACCCCACUCAUCUCUAUCAGUGUUACAAGGGCUGCAAUGUCAGUGCCAUGCAUUUUGCAGCCAAAUGUGUUCUAGGUGGGGUACCUAUACUGCCUAUGGGCCUUAAACACUGGGGUUGAACAAAUACACUUAGAAAUGGAAUUAAGACUGUAAAUGACUCACCGUAAUCAUGGUGUCACGUGUCAUACUGUGUUCUUGAGUAUAAGAUGAGCAUCAUGCCAGUAUUUACUAUAACAUUGUAAUUCUCACAAGUCAGGAAACUGGUUUUCAGUGUACUGUACAUAGUUGGUAUACCUAGCAUAGCUAUCUCAAAUACUCAUGAACGUCACUACAUUCAGUAGACGUAUAAUGUAAAUAGAUUGUCAAUAUUGUGUUGUAAUAUUUGAAGGAAUUUUUCACAUAAUGAUAAUCGACAACUAACAAGUCUACAUUUCCCACCAUGCUGGGAGGGCGUGAAUCAGGGUGCGUACGACUUGCACUGUGAGGCUAACUUGCUCAUCUGUCCUCCAAGGCUGCAGUUUUAACUCAGAGUUUUAUGUUACAUGCUUGUAUGAUUUGCACUUGUUCCUUAUUGGUUGAGUGCAUGUGAAUGUGUACACUUCAAAGUAUGAAUGUGCAGAACUCAGAUUUAAUCCAGUGUGAAGGUGAUUCGCAGAGCAGAGGAUCAGAUCAGAAGUUGUAAUGUCAGAGUGUAUAGACUGAAUGUCAGUAUGCAAGUUGAAUACAAAUCAAAAGAGUAGUCUGUGUUCUUUAAACAGUAUUUAUUUUUGUUUCCAUCCCUGCCUCAUUUGACAAGGAUUGGUGCCAAUAUUCAAGGAAAUAUGUAGAUUGUAAUGAUGGUAGAAAUUUGCAUUAAUGUGUUGCACUCAUGUACUGACUGUAGAGUUAGAAAAUAGUUGUAAGAGGUAUGUGUAAGAUACUUUGCCAUAUGUUUAUCACAUUCUGAAAUGUUGCUGUAAUUACCUUUUUAAUUUAUGAACCAUGUCAGAUAAUUAUUAUUGAUAUUAAUUUUAAUGUUACUCAUGAAUGACAUACUUUUUGUGUGCAUGGUUGAAUGGAUGUUUUGAGUAUUUGAGAAUGAUAAUUUGGCUAGUAGGUAUCCAUGUGUCUCUAUAACCUCAUUUUGUGUAACUUGUGUUUUAUGUUGUGGCUAGCUUAGUAUUCUUUGAGUAUUGUGUUGAUUUCAUGGGAGCUGCUUCCCUCUAUCAUGUUAGGGAUAAUUCUUCAUAGGUCAGCAUUUUAACAGCAACUGUGCUAGUUCCUGAUAAAUAAUGUUCAGUAUUAUGUUUGAUUGUUUGACUCCUGACCCAGAAUGGUGUACAUUUCUCUCCAUGAAGAAACUUUGUGGAAGAAGAGAAGAAAUUAAUUUUAGAUCUGUUGCAAAUAUUCCAAAACGUGUUUGAAUUUGUGUAUGAAGUCACAGUGUGGAACUCAAGUGCAGUGAGUAAUCAAUUGGCACUCACACAAGCCUCCAGUAUAUUUGUGUCAGCCUGAAAACUCAUGAGAAGGAAUGAAACAGAAAGGACAAUACUUGGAUUGAUAUUUGUAACUGCUCAAAAUCCAGUGUAUAGCACAUCCUUUUCCCAAGUGUUUGACUCUUUAUCAUUCGCAUAAACGUAGUUAAAGUCGCGGCAGAUACUGUGGAAAAACUCUCUGUAUCUUCAGUGUGUGUUAUUCUCCAUAAUUACAUCUAAUAACAAUGUACUGUUGUUAGUUUCAAUUCACUGUAACACAUCUUCCACCAUAGUUUCUCAGAAUAUUCAUAAAAUUACAAAUAAACACUGAGAUUCCUUUGCCUAUAUGAUGUAAGAACUGCAACAUAUAUUUCAUGAUGUUGCUAUUUACGUUGGCAGUUUUAGCAAUACUUUUACUGGAGAUAAGCAUAAAAAUUGUUCAUUAUAUUAUGAAUUGAUGUAUUUGGUAUCUUUUGGAUAAACUGCAGCAAAUUGAAGCACUGUUUUUGAUUGUAUGUCAGUAUCGCUCAGUAAAGAAAUAACUGAUGUACCAUGCUUCAUGCAUAACAUGGCAAGUUUAUUGGGGAAUUUCAGCAUAUGAGACAUUACAUUGUGAGAGUUGCAAGCUUUCUGAGUGUCCAUUCCUUGUAACCAAUUUGUUAGGCUCUAGUUCACAAUGAUGAGAAAUAAGAAAAUGAUAUGUCUAUUUAAUUUCUUGUACUUGAUUCAUUGUGAGUGGAGUCUUAUUGCAUCCAAACAUACACACAGGAACACUCCACCCCUCCUCACUCCACACAGGCUCUGUAUCACUGCCAUCUAGGAUGUAAAUGUCAUGUGUACAUGUGUUGUAUUUUGUUUGAAGUGUGAACCAAGUUGUUGAUGAAUCCCAGUGAAGUCAUACUUAUCCUUCAUUUAAACAGCGUGAGUGUUUUCUGAUGUUAUCUGCCAUGUUUAGUUACAAAGAAAAUUUGGUUCAAUUGCUUUAUUUUUUUGUGGAAACAACCAUUCCUCCUCUAAUUUGAGAGAGGUUUAACAUAAUGAAUUUUGUACAUUUUUACAAAAUCUUCAUAACCUUAGUGUCAACACAUGACUCUAUAUAACUUCUAAUGUUAAAAGUAGUAGGUUCAGUGUAUGGAGUCAUAAUGGAUGUAAUAUAAGACAGUUUGAACUCCGUAACAAGAAUUGUAUAAUGUAUAUCAGUUUUGAUUAACAUUUAGGUGGAUAUAACGUAUUUACCAGUUACUAUGAUUGUAGCACACAUUACAUUUCUGUCAAAUAGUAUUAUUACAUAUAUUUCAAGUUUAAAAUUUUCCUCGUGAAUAUUCCUCAUUAUAUCACAGCUUUGGAUUUUGUAAUUAUUUUCAUGAGGAAUUAGAAUCUGUUGAUAUCUGUUUGACAUCCUGUUACUAGAUCUUGUAGAAGAGAAAUUAUACAACUGAUUGAUAGUCAGCUCAGAAUGUUACAGUUAUCUGCUGUGAUUUUAGUUGCAACUGUGUGAUUUUUGUGAGUGUCUUGAUGUUUGUGUUGUUUUUUUUUUCAGCUGUGAUUACCUAGCUGUAUAGUUUCAAUAUAAAAUAAACACACCAUUACCAUGUU